AUGGCUGCCGCUGUAGCUUCCACCACUGGCUUUUUGGGCAUGUGGAAUGGCACCAAAGAUGGCAAAACCGACGGAUACAUGGACUGGAACAGCGGUUCUACCAACGUGGCUGACCCUCUAGAGGUCAAGAUUGUGGCACAAGACAUCCGAACCAUGAGCCCUCAGCCAAACUAUAACAACAACGGGUACGGAAUCGUCAAGCACAAGUCUUCCUUGACCCCCGAGCAGUUCCUGGCUGGAAACGACCCAGAAGGCAAGAAGUACGUCGAGGACGUCUACUUCAAGGAGGUCGCAGAGCUAGUCAAGCAGGUCACCGGAUCCGACGUGGUGGUCCCCUACGUGUUCCGCAUCCGGCAGAACAGCGUGAACCCCGGCGGCUUCGCGACCAGCAAGCUUUCGCACGCGGCGCUCCCCAUCGCCCACGUUGACCGGGACGACGUGACGGGCGAGGACGGCGUGCGCGAGAUCCUGGGCGACGUGGCCGACGAGCUGAUCAAGCAGGGCAAGCGGUACGCGCAGGUCAACGUCUGGCGCACCAUCGACCAGCCGAUCCAGAAGUGGCCGCUCUGCUUCAUCAACCACGACGACAUCAAGGACUGGGCCUAUGACACGCACUUGGCGCGCGUGUACCCCGCCAACGACCCCAGAAUCGCCAUCAGGGGGGAGAAGAGGCACGACAGCGUCGUCAAGUUCAACCCGAACUACAAGUACCACUAUGUCAGCAAGCUCGACCUGGACGAAGCCCUUGUCUUCUCCUCGUUCGACUCUGAUGUCACCAAGGUAUCCCCCCACGGUGCGUUCUGGGACGACUCUAGCCCGAGCGAUGCGCCGACGCGACGAUCUAUCGAGGUUCGUUGCUGGGUCUUCUUCGACUAA